AAGGAAAACCAGUCACACACAGUUUGGUGUAAUGUCUUGUCUCCUUUUCACCACAACAAGGCUUCAUCUUCAAAGUGGGGGAUUGAAAGUGACGAAAUAAGAAUCUUGUCUCAAGUGGGUAAUUUCUGAUUUGUGCCCUUAAAAACUUUAUCUUUACCCUUAAGCCAACAACAAGAACACUCUUAGCACUAUCUUUGAGGUGAGCAGCUGCAAAGCCACCAUCAACCUUUGAGGUCAAUUUGGACAUCAACUCAAGAUUGAGACUUUUACCCUUCCCCCACAUUCCAUGGAAGAGCCACCCCCACAAAACCCGUCAAAGAAAUGCAAGUUCCUCCUGGUUUCAACUCUCAAAGAUGCCUUCUCCAUCUGUCGAUCUUGCGGCGGCCACAUAAGCUCUCUCCAGCAGCAGCAGGAUGAUGAUUAUGUUCCCAACACGACAACUGAACUUGAAGAUGUUGAUGAACACGAAGUUGUCGUGUCAGCAAUCAGGAGCAGAGCCAUGGAGAAGUCGAAGCAGAAGGUGUUUGUGAUCACAUAUAGCUUUUCAGGGGAACUGCUCUUUAGUCCCGAGAAGCAGAAGGAUGGAGAAGUUGAAAAGGAUGAAGAUUUAUUCUCUGUUGGGAGCUGUCUUUCGUGUUGUUCGAGCGGGUUGAGCAAGGGGGGCGAAGAGUUCUUCUCAGUGAAGACAAACUUGUUGUCGAGGUGUUCGAGCUUGAGUCAGGUAGAGUUCCCAAGUUUUCAUAGGCGGGUUUCGAUAUUGCAGGAGCUCUGCCACUGCCAAGGGUGGCCAUUCGGUCUCUGCAGGAAGGUUGUUUUGCUCCCACCUCUGCCUAAGUCUCCCUCUGAUUCCUGGCUAUGGCGCAAAAGGCACUAGAUCAGCCAGGCUGCCUUAGAGUUCUUGCAGCUUGCAACAAAGACGAGAACCUUGGGAAGAGUUUCAGAAUAAGAUAGACUGCUGCGGAAGGACGAUGCGAAUUUUAUUGUUCUGUCAUAUUGCCAUGUCUAUUCCCACGUAUCAGAUUCUAGAUUGGAAAUCAAAA